UGUUGAUUGAGUGAUUUUUACGAGUGUGUGUUUUUAAAAUUUUUUGAAUUAAAUACAUAAAUCUAUUAUGGAAGACUUCGACGUAUUCACUAAUGAAAUAAAUUAUACUAAACAAUUUUGCUUGAACAUACUCAACAAGUAUGUAAAUGACGCACCUCCGACACCCAAUGGCCCGAACUAUCAGUGUGGUCACAAACUGUUGGCCGAGGAGUGUUUGGCCAGUGGUAAAGAGGCAGAAUGUGCAUUCCACUUAAGUGAAUCUGUGUCAGCUUCUCUGCGGACUAUGGCAGUGUAUAGGGAUGAACAAAUCAAAGCUGCUAACAAUAAACUUUUAAAGAUAACAAGCUUCAUAAAACCAGUGCAAGAUAUAAUUGAUGGUAAUCCUGUCUCAAAACAUGAGGAGAAAUUAUUUCCCUUCCUAUCAAGGGAUACAACAGAUAUCACUAAGCUAUUCUCCCACCUGGACACAGCUGACGUUGCACCUUUCCACAAGAGGUACUUGAGGUUUAGCCUCGAAAACAAUGUGGAAAACUUACAGAAAAUCUUGAGAGAACUACCAAAAGAGUGGUCUAUUGUACAACUGACAGCUCCAUACAAUCCAAAUGAGAAUUUAAAACCGCAAAUUGAGUACAAAAUUGAGAUAAAUUCUCUUUAUUUGACAAUGUACUCUAAUGAAUAUUUGGAUAGAACUGACUUUGGACCGAUGACAGUAAACAUUCCUGCGAAUUUUACAAAAGAAGGAGAGAAACCCCUUUUUACAGAAUUAUAUUCUUUACUAGAAGAUAAUUAUAAAACAAUUGACAAUGCACAGUUCUUAAAUAACAAACGUUUGGUGCAGAACUACUGGAGUAGGAGAGAAGAUAUUGAUUUGAGGAUGAAGAGUGUGAUCAACGUUAUGGACAAAGAUUGGUUAGGUGGAUUCGGGAGCCUACUGACUGGUAAACUGAUUGACUCUGAUUUAACCGAAAAAAUUGUGAGAUUAGUUGACAACGCCAUAUCUGACUGGGGGUUUGUGAAGUUAAAUAAAAAGCAGAAAGUCCUCCUAUAUAAUUUAAUAGGCAGUUGUUCUACAAUGACGUCCCAUCAAAUAAAAUCUUGCAUUAGGAGAAUAUUGACGGAGCAUGGCAACACUCAUGAAAUUAGACAAGUUCUACAAGUAUCGGACUGUCCGACUUGCUCGAAAGAUUUCAGAUUUUCAAAUGAAUUGUGUUUGAAGUGUUUGUCAAAGUGUUUUGAAGCAAUCCACCAUUUUACGCUUGUAGAUGGUAUAAAAGCUUUUUCACAAGUGGCAACACAGAUUAAAGAGAACGACGAAUGGGCGUGCUUAAAGAAAGCCAAAAGGCAUCCUGUUGUACUGAUAGUGGAUGAGGCAUUGGACACAUUUCCAUGGGAGACACUGCCCAUCAUUAACCACCAUCCGGUCUCGCGAAUGGAGAAUAUCCACUUUACCUACUAUCUUUACAAGAUGCACGAAACUCGCAUUCAAGACGGAUACUUCACCGCGCGCGCUGAAGUCGGCAGAUACGUCAUUAAUCCAGAAAAGAACUUGGACCGUAUGGAGCGGCGCAUGAAUUCGUUUGUGCGGUACUGGUGCGACAAAUGGGAGGGGCACGUGGGCACCGCGCCCGACCCUGCAAAGUUCCUCACCUACCUCACCGAUGCCGACGUAUUCCUGUAUUGUGGCCACGGUGAUGGCUGUCACUUUGCAAAUGGCGGCGCGAACGGCGCUGGCGUAGAGGGCGCCACUGGAGCUCGCGCUAUAGCAAUACUGUCAGGAUGUGGGUCUGUUAGACUUCAGGCAACGCCGGCGAGGUGUCCGCCUGCUGCUGCUCAUCACCAUCUUCACGUCGCCGGCAGCCCCAUGGUGGUAGGAAUGCUAUGGGAGGUGACGGACCUGGAGGUAGACAAGAUGGUUAGCACACUGGUGUCUCUGUGCGUGCCUUCACAAGCACCGUUACCUUGGCCCCAGGUCGGCAAGCAAGCCUGGAACCAGGGGGUACUAGACACAGAAGUAGAGAGUAAAGGACCCGUUAUAGACGAGCGGGACUUAUUGCGGGCUAUGUGUAGAGCGCGAGGUUCUACCAGUUACGUGAUGAUCGCCAGCAGUAUGGUGGCCAGGGGACUGCCUGUCAGAAUACUGGAUAAAUAGCAUUAAUAGUAUGGUGGCCAGGGGACUGACUGUCGGAAUACUGGAAAUAUGGAAUAACUAGGUGCCGAUAAGCUGCAAUGCAGUCCGAAUUCUGUGAUUCUUACAAUGAACAAUUGAUAUUGUAACAAGACUAAAUAGGCUAUAAGAUUAACAAAUGAAUGUAUUAAAAACCG